CCAGCCCAGGUGAGGCCGCGCGCCCGGCCGCCGGGAGAGGAAGGUGACAGCCGGGGAGGGAGGGAGGGGGGCCCGGACACCGGGGGGAGGGGGCCGCGGGCAUCGCCAGUCAUGCAGCGGGUCGAGCUCUAGCCGCGGAGCGCCGGGGGCUGCCGGGGGCUGGCUCCCCCGGCCCGCAGCGCCUGCCUGCUUGCCCGCCCCCCUCCAGCCAUGGAGGGCAGAUUGCAGGCCCUGGACCGGCUGGUGCGCGGGGAGCGCGAGGGCCCGGAGCCGGCCGGCCUCCUAGACGGGCUAUUGGACCUCCUGCUGGGGCUGCACCAGGAGCUCUCCAGCGCCCCCCUGCGCCGGGACAGAAACGUGGCGCCCUUCCUCAACUGGGCCACCCCUUUCGUGACAAAGGUGAAAGAGCUGAGGCUCCAGAGGGAUGACUUUGAGAUCCUCAAAGUGAUUGGCCGAGGGGCCUUUGGGGAGGUUGCUGUGGUGAGACAGAAGAACACGGGCCAGAUUUUCGCCAUGAAGAUGCUGCACAAAUGGGAGAUGCUGAAGAGGGCUGAGACUGCUUGCUUCCGGGAGGAGCGAGAUGUCCUGGUGAAGGGAGAUGGCCGCUGGGUGACGACUCUCCACUGUGCUUUCCAGGAUGACGAUUAUCUGUACCUGGUGAUGGACUACUACGCUGGCGGAGACCUGCUGACCUUGCUGAGCCGCUUUGAGGACCGGCUACCACCCGAGCUGGCCCAGUUCUAUCUGGCUGAGAUGGUGCUGGCCAUUCACUCCCUGCACCAGCUGGGCUACGUGCACAGGGAUGUCAAGCCCGACAACGUUCUUCUGGACACGAAUGGGCACAUUCGCCUGGCCGACUUUGGCUCCUGCCUGCGGCUCAACGCCAACGGAAUGGUGGACUCGUCCGUGGCCGUUGGCACUCCUGACUACAUCUCCCCCGAGAUCCUCCAGGCCAUGGAGGAAGGAAAGGGCCACUACGGGCCCCAGUGCGACUGGUGGUCCCUGGGCGUCUGUAUGUACGAGCUGCUCUUUGGAGAGACGCCCUUCUACGCGGAAUCUCUCGUGGAGACCUACGGCAAGAUCAUGAACUAUGAGGACCACCUGCAGUUUCCCCCAGAUGUCCCUGAAGUGUCAGAGAGUGCCCGGGACCUGAUCCGCAAACUCCUGUGUCGCCAGGAGGAGAGGCUGGGCCGGGGGGGCCUUGAUGACUUCCGGGGUCACCCCUUUUUUGAGGGUGUGGACUGGGAGCGCCUCCCCGCCAGCACCGCGCCCUACAUCCCUGAGCUCCAGGGGCCUGUGGAUACCUCCAACUUUGACGUGGAUGAUGACACCCUUAACCACCCGGGGACCCUGCCUCCUGCCUCCCACGGCACCUUCUCUGGCCACCACCUGCCUUUUGUGGGUUUCACCUUCACCUCGAGCCCCCGGCCGGGCGCUGAGCCAGCUCUGGAGCAGGAGCAGGAGAAGGCGGAACUGAGUCCAAAGCUGCAGGACGCCCUGCAGAGAGUCGCCCCUGGGCACAAGGAGCUGGAGCAGCUUAGGAAGGAGGCUGAGGCCCUGCGGAGGAGGCUGGCAGAGGCCCAGUCGGAGGCUGCCCCAGGCGGGGGGCCAGGCCCUGCGAGCAGCUGGCAGCAGGAGAGAGAUCAGCUUUGCCAGGACCUGUCUGAGGCCCGGAACCAGCUGCAAACCCAGACCCAGGAGCUGCUUGUCUCUGAUGGGAGGCAGAAGGAGCUGCAACAGAGGCUUCAGGAGGCUGAGGAGGCCGCCGGGGAGGCCAGGAGCCGGGCGCAGGCCCUGAGCCGCCAGCUGGAUGAUGCCCGGGAAGCCCAGGCCGAGCUCGAGGCCAAGGUGGCCGCCCUGAGCCAGGAGGUGAGCCGGCUCCGGAGGCAGAGGGAGCGCAGCCGCGAGAAGGAGCGGACCAAGGCCAAGGCUGUCCAUCUGCCCCCCGAGACCAAUGGCUCUGGCCCACUGGGCGGGGGGCCGCCGGAGGCCCUGAAGAGGGAGAUGGAGGCUCUGCGGUCCCAGCUGGAGCAGGCUCGGCGGCAGGGUGCCCCGAGCCCCAAAGGGAAGGACGAACUAUUCCGGCUCCAGGAGGAGAACCGACGCCUGAUCCAGGAGCAGCAGCAGUUAUCAGGAGAGCUUGAGCGAGAGAGGCAGGUCAAGAAACAGCUGGAAGGAGAGAGGCAGGAGAGUGAGAACAACUGGGAGGCCCAGAUCUCCGACAUCCUCACCUGGGUGAAUGACGAGAAGGUCUCUCGAGGCUACCUGCAGGCUUUGGCCACCAAGAUGGCAGAGGAGCUGGAGUCGUUGCGCAGCGCGGGGACCCAGACCCUUCCGGCCCGGCCCCUGGACCACCAGUGGAAGGCCCGGAGGCUCCAGAAGAUGGAGGCUUCAGCCAAGCUCGAGCUGCAGUCUGCGCUCGAGGCCGAGAUCCGAGCCAAGCAGAGCCUCCAGGAGGAGCUGAGCCGGGUCCAAGAAGCCCAGCGCCAAGGGGAGAGUCACCUGCAGGAGGCCGAGAAGCGAAACGAGACGCUGCAGCAGGAGCUGGCCACGCUGAGGGAAGAGCUGAAGGCCCGAGGGCCGGGGGAUUCCAAACCGUCCGGAUCUCUGCUUCCGUUCCUGUCCUUCCGGAGCUCGGAGAAGGACGCUUCGAAGGACCCUCCUGACCCCCCGGACCCCCGGCGCCCUGGGCCCGAGGCAGAGCUACGGCCAGAGGGCCGCCGCAGCAUGCGGAUGGGGGCCGCGUUUCCUCGAGCCCCGGCUCCAGCUCCCACCGACAGUCUUCCGGCCAAGCCCGGCUCCCACGCUUUGCGCCCCCGGAGCUUCCUGUCCCCCACCAAGUGUCUGCGAUGCACCUCGCUCAUGCUCGGCCUCAGCCGCCAGGGCCUGGCCUGUGAAGCCUGCCAUUAUUUCUGCCACUCUGCCUGUGCCCCCCUGGCCCCUCCCUGCCCCGUGCCCGCCGAGCUCCUGCGCACCGUCCUGGGGGUGAACGCCGAGACUGGCAUUGGCACCGCUUACGAGGGCUUCCUGUCGGUGCCUCGCCCCUCGGGGGUGCGCCGAGGCUGGCAGCGGGUGUUUGCCACGCUCAGCGACCUGCGCCUCCUCUUGUACGACGCCCCCGACCCAAAGCUCUCCCCAGCAAGCAACGCCCUCAUCCAGACGCUGGACUUGAGGGACCCCCAGUUCUCCGCUGCUCCAGUCUUGGCUUCCGACGUCAUCCAUGCACAGUCCCGGGACCUCCCCCGCAUCUUCAGGGUCACGGCCUCCCAGCUGACGGUGCCCCCGACUCUGUGCUCUCUCCUGCUGCUGGCGGACAACGAGACGGAGAGGGCCCGCUGGCUUCAGGUCCUGGGGGAGCUGCACCGGCUCCUGAUGGACCUGCGGCCCCGGCCCCUGCCCGUCUACACCCUGAAGGAGGCCUAUGACAACGGGCUGCCCCUGCUGCCCCAUGCCCUCUGCGCGGCCAUCAUCGACCAGGAGCGCCUGGCACUGGGCACGGAAGAAGGCCUCUACAUCAUCCACCUGCACACCAAUGACAUCAUCCAGGUGGGCGAGUGUAAGCGGGUCCAGCGCCUGGCAGUCAUCCAGCCCACAGGGCUCCUGGCCGUACUGUGUGGCCGUGGCCCCAGCGUCCGCCUUUUUGCCCUGGAUGAGCUAGAGAGCUGCGAGGCGGCCGGUGCCAAGAUCACUGAGUCAAGGGGCUGUCAGAGCCUGGCAGCGGGCCGGGUCUUGCAGGCCAGCACCCCCGUGCUUUGUGUGGCCGUCAAGCGGCAGGUCCUGUGCUACCAGCUGGGGCCUGGCCCCGGGCCCUGGCACCGGCGUAUCCGAGAACUGCAGGUGGCUGGGCCAGUGCAGAGCCUGGCACUGGUGGGUGACCGGCUGUGUGUUGGGGCAGCCGGGGCUUUCGCCCUCUACCCACUGCUCAAUGAGGCGGCCCCUCUGGUGCUGGGGCCUGGGCUGGCCACAGAAGGGCUGGGCCCCAGUGAGGCACUGGGUGCUGUCGAGCUCAGCCUCAGUGAGUUCCUGCUGCUCCUCUCCACGGCGGGCAUCUAUGUGGACAGGACAGGGAAGAAGUCUAGGAGCCAGGAGCUGCUCUGGCCUGCCACCCCCAUAGGCUGGGGCUACACGGCCCCCUACCUGACAGUGUUCAGUGAGAAUGCCAUCGAUGUGUUUGAUGUUCGGAGAGCAGAGUGGGUCCAGUCUGUACCGCUCAAGAAGGUCCGUCCCUUGAACCCUGAGGGCUCCCUGUGCCUCUUUGGCUCUGAGAAAGUCCGACUGACCUACCUCAGAAAUCGGCUGGCAGAGAAGGACGAGUUCAAUAUCCCCGACCUGACCGACAACAGCCGCCGCCAGCUGUUCCGGACCAAGAGCAAACGCCGCUUUUUCUUCCGGGUCUCCGAGGAGCAGCGUCUCCAGCAGCGCAGGGAGAUGCUGAAGGACCCUUUCGUACGCUCAAAGCUCAUCUCGCCACCCACGAACUUCAGCCAUCUGGCCCACAUGGGUCCUGGGGACGGGAGGCCAGAGGUGCCCUCGGCUCCUGAGGAGAAGAGCCGAGGAAGAGGCCGGAAUCCCGGCCCCACGAGGCCCCACAGCUUCUCGGAGGCUCUUCGACGCCCAGCCUCCAUGGGCAGUGAGGUCCUCGUGGCAGAGACAGACUCUGUGAGGAGGAAGCCCAGGACGUCCCUCUCCAGUGAGUCAGUGUCCUGCAGCCAGGGCCCCCUGAGUCCAGCGGCCUCUUUGAGCCAGAUCUCAGACCGUCCCCGGAGCCUCCCCCCGGCCCCCGAAUCGGAGAGCUCCCGUUGAGGCAUCCUGGCCAGGAGCACCGACCCUCUCCACGUGGGCCCCAAGCAAGGGGAAUGGGAGGAGGACCGUGAGGGACAGGCAGCGGAGAACCUGAGCAUAUGCAGUAUUUGGCCCCAGGAAGGGGCGGGCCAGGAUGGUGUGUGGCUUCCUCACGCAGCUGGAUCCGCCUGGCUCGCCUGACCAGGAACAGCCCACCUUGCCUCGCCCCCUGGCCCUGCCCGUGGCAUCGACUUGUCCUGAGGGGCUGCCGUGGGCCUGGCUGAGAGGAGCGCUUUGCUGGCCCCUGGCGGGGAGGGUCCCGUCGGUGCCAAAGCCCUGGGUCCAGGCCUGGCUAUGCAUGUGGGACACAAGCGAGGGUGUGAGAGUCUGUGUGUGCUGGGGGACGGGCGAAGGGAAGAGCCAAUUUCUGGGAAAUGGGAGAAGGGUGGAGGGGAAAGGAGGCCGCUGGGGCCUUCUGUCAGCCGAGCCAAAGUGGAGAGAGGAUGCUGGGAGAGAAUAGGCGGGGAGCUGGGGAGAGAAAGGGGAAAGGAGGGCGAGACAGAGGAGCUUAAGAGGGAAGCCAGGGAAUGGGUCAGGGUCAGACCGCCUCCCCCUGCCUCCGUUUCCUCCUCUGCUGAAUGAGGGAUGGAGCGGCUGGUCUCUAAAGUGCCUUCCAGACCCAAGUCGUGGGGUCCCGUGAGAGGGCAAGCCCGAGGGAGAAGGAAGGAGUUAGGGGAAGAAUGGACGAAGGAGCAGGAGGAUGACGGGGACGGGAGAGGAAGGGGUCCGUGCGUCUAAUCAGCCGGGCGAUGGAGAGGAUUGGGGGGUAUUUAUGAAGGGCUCGAUUGUGGGGGAUCGGCAGGGCUGCGGGGGGGAGGGGUGCCGGGGAUCCGUUCUGGUUCGGACUGUCCAGUCCUUUCUGUGGAGAGGGCGACUUCUCAAAGUUUGAGACAACUCUAUUAGGGAGCUAUAUGGGGAGGGAAUUUCCUUAUUGUUAUUAUGUGGUUAUUGCUAUUACUAAACCUCCCUCUGCCUCCAUGGGGGGGGGGGGGUAAGCCAAGUAUUUAUCUGAGGACACCGUUUGACGAAGGACUAAUGUUUGAUGUGACAGCAGAAAUCGAAUAAAGAUGUCUUUAUAAGCUGC